CCGUCUCCUCAGUCUCGGCACUUGUCUGACCUUUCUUUUUCGUGUUCUAUCCCUUUCGCCUUCUUUGUGCCAUCAUGCGUGGGGGCCUCAGGUCUUUCAUCGUUCUUUCUGCAGUUUCUUCCGCCUUUGGUGCAUGGAUUCCCUACAGCCAAAUCAAGAACCGCGGCGAGAGCGCAUUCUUGAAUUGCCUGGAGAGUGCGAACCUUGACCCCGUCGUCCAGGGUGAUUCCGACUAUGCCACUGACUCAUCGCCGUUCAACCUCCGGCUUCAAUGGAAGCCCGUUGCGCUUGUCUAUCCCGAGGAUGCUAAUGGCGUCUCUGCUGCUGUUCAGUGUGGAGCUGAAAACGGUGUCAAUGUCAAUGCGCGAAGCGGAGGCCAUUCCUACGCCGCCUUUGCGCUUGGUGGAGAGGACGGCCACUUAACCGUUAGCCUCGACAAGCUCCGACACCUAUCACUGAGCGGCGAUACGGCUACUAUCGGCUCAGGCAACAAACUCGGCGAUAUUGCGCUCUACCUCUGGGAGAAUGGAAAGCGUGCAAUGGCUCACGGUACCUGCCCUGAGGUCGGUAUCGGUGGCCACGCUGGCCAGGGCGGCUUCGGUCUCGCUUCCCGCUCGUGGGGCCUGCUCGCCGACCAGGUGCAGUCGCUUGAGAUCGUCACUGCGGAUGGCCAAAUUCGCACAGCCUCCCCAACAGAGAACCCCGAUUUGUUCUGGGCAGCGACGGGUGCUGGGGCGUCGUUCGGUAUUAUCACGUCGUUCACGACCGUGACUCAUGCGGCGCUCGAUUCUAUCGCGUUUGCGUACACGUUCGCGAACUACGGCGCCAAGGAGGCCAGCAACGGCCUGCAGGCGUGGCAGACGUUUGCGAACGAUGCUGUCAACAAGCUUGACACGGCUGUCGGGCUUCAGAUCCAUAUCGACCCUGGAGACACCGGCGUCGUGUUCUCUGUCUCUGGCGUUUACUACGGUGUCAAUGAGGCCAAGGUCAACUCGACCUUUGCGCCUCUCCUUAAGAAGCUCGGUACUCCCUCCGACAUCUUCCUUCAGAAGCAGGACUGGAUUACCUCCGUGCUCUACCUUGCCGGCGUCGACAGCAUUUCGCAGCUGAAUACGACGCUUACUCCAGACACCCAUGAUUACUUCUACGCGACGUCGACGUUCGUAUCUGCGAAGGAGCCGAUGACCCAAACUGCUUCAGACGCUCUUUUCGAAUACUUCUACGGUCCCGGCUCGGACACUUCUGUUGAGUGGUUUGCGAUCUUCGACCUCUAUGGCGGCGGAGAUUCGGCCGUCACUAAGGUCGGCCCGGACCACAAUGCGUUCAACGCACGCGAUGCACUAUACUCAAUUCAGUACUAUGGCACGAUUCCCAAUGGUACUGUCUCGGACGCGGAUGGAAUUGCGUUCAUCCAGGGUAUGAAGAAGGCAAUCGAGAGCGGCAUGCCCUCGACGCAAUUCAAGGAGUAUGUCAACUACAUCGACAGCACGUACUCGGCGGAGGAGGCGCACAAGCGCUACUAUCCCACGCACACUGCCAAUCUCACGUCGCUCAAGGACAAGUACGACCCGAACCGCGUCAUACACUUUCCUCAGGACUUCUAAGUGGAUUUAAGAACAUUACGCUUUGACGUACUCGGGGCGCUUGGACUCGAACUCGAUCCCGUAGUCUCGGACUCUGAUAUCGGUUGGCAGGGUAUCAAGGGAGGACUACCACGUAAUGCAUAACAUCAGGGACUCACGAUCUUUAUCCUACAAUGGACUAAUAGACCUCUAUAAUUCGCGACUUACUGUACUAUUCCGCAUUUUCUGUACAGAUAUCUUCGUUGGUAUCAUGCACGUAGGAUACGGACUUGUAGUUAAACCGUUCGGACUUAACGCAUAAUGAUAGUCUCACUGUCCUUCGCGUGUAACUUGCGUCCUUUCUUAAUCUUACAUUGACGUAGAGCCACAGUGGCCUCCGCGGCCAUAGCAUCAUG